CAAAUUUCAGAAACAGAUUGUUCCUCUAGAGAGAAUCAGCUGAGGGAAAUUUCCUAAAUAGUUGAACCUUUGACCCUUUCUUCCUUCCUUUCUCUCUAUUGCAGAGUGCUGGUAGGAGGGGUUUCGAAUCCUUCUCUUCGUCACUGUAUGUAUAUGGGCGACGCGAAACCGGGGAUCGCGAUGGCUAACAGAGAUCGGGAGCUUCUGAUCCCAGUCGCUCACUCCCCCCAAGAUGAUGAUCACGAUUCUUCUUCUUCUUCUACUCCUAAACCCUCUCCUUCCUCAUCCUCCUCUCAUCACGCUGGUCAGGAGACGUUUUACAAGCUGAUAAGAAGCUGGGCAUCUAAGAAGUUCAUGACUGGAUGUGUUAUCCUGCUUCCAAUGGCCAUCACUUUCUAUGUGACGUGGUGGUUCAUUCAUUUCGUUGAUGGUUUCUUCUCCCCUAUCUAUGCUCAACUCGGCAUCGACAUCUUUGGACUUGGGUUUAUCACCUCUAUUACGUUCAUCUUCUUGGUCGGAGUGUUCAUGUCUUCGUGGUUGGGGACUUCCGUUCUCAACUUGGGAGAGUGGUUUAUCAAGCGCAUGCCCUUCGUUCGCCACAUCUACAAUGCCUCCAAGCAAAUCAGUACUGCCAUUUCACCAGAUCAAAACACUCAGGCUUUCAAAGAAGUCGCCAUUAUAAGGCAUCCACGUAUUGGUGAAUACGCGAUUGGGUUCAUCACAUCCACCCUUGUUCUCCAGACUUACACAGAUGAAGAGGAGCUUUGCUGUGUAUAUGUGCCUACAAAUCACCUUUACAUUGGGGAUGUAUUCCUUGUAAGUACAAAGGAUGUCAUCAGACCAAACCUCUCUGUAAGGGAAGGCAUAGAGAUCGUAGUGUCAGGAGGAAUGUCAAUGCCGCAAGUUCUGUCAACACUUGAUAUGAGAAUGGCUCCAGAAAGAAGUAGAAGUAGUAGAGUUGACAGAAGCUGAAGAUUUUAGUCCUUUGCACAAAAAGAAAACAAACAGAUUCUCAAAUCUUUUCUUUCUCAAUGUCUUUUUCUUUUGGAUUCAGUUAAUUUCAUAUGUGAUGUUCAAGCAUUAGAAAAGCAAUCGUGUUCUAUAAGUGGUUUGUUCUCCAGACUAACUCCAUCUGUGUCUAUAUACUAGCUUUUCCUACUCUCAAGUAAUCUGUAUGAUAUAAUUCAUUUAGGUC